AUGCUGUAUACCAUCUUCAUCUCCUCUCUCUCUCUCUCUCUCUCUCUCUCUCUCUCUAUCUAUCUAUCUAUCUAUCUAUCUAUCUCUAAGGCCUACAAUGCGGCAAUGGACAGGUGGAUUCGCUCUCAUCCUGGGAGAACAGUUACCAUCUACGACAUUCCCACCAUUGUUUCUGAAGCUCAGCUCUGUGCCAUGUUACAACGCAAUAUCAAGGCAGGAUUUGCAGCCACUGGCAUCUAUCCCUACAAUAAGGAUAUAUUCAUGGAUGCUGAUUUUGCUUCAGCUGCAGUUACUGACCGUCAAAAUCCUGAAGCAAAUGCAGAUGCUGCAGAUCUGGAUCCAAUUCCUGGUCCAAGCUCAGGUGCUGUGGGUUCAUCGCCGAUCCCAAGACCUAGUUCUUGUGGCAUGGGCCAACAGCCUGUUUCCAGUUCUUGUGAAUACGUCUCGCCAUCAGCAAUCUAUCCUUUCCCAAGAGCUGAACCAAGAAAAACAAAAGGGGGAAGAAAGAAAAGGGCAACCAAAAUACUGACUGACACACCAGUCCGAGAUGAAUUGGCAGCAGAAAAAGCAAAGGUUAAACCCACCAAAGACAUAAAAAAGAAACUGUUUAGGCAAACAUCCCAAAAGACAACAGCCAAUGUCACCUCAGAUGACGACAGCGAUGAUGAAGACUGUGAGUCCAUGGCCAUGAACGAUUCUGAUGACGACGAUGUAUCGGAUGACGAACUAAGAGGUGAUUUCAUGGUAGUCAGCGUCAAUGGCAAGAAAACCACACGUCGAUACAUCGCCAGAGUCAAUGUAAUUGAUGGUGAUGAACUCGAGGGUGUCUUCUUGAAGAGAAUCCUAGGCCGAAAACCCAUGGACGGCAGACAGGCCUUCAUUAUCGACCCCGAUGAUGAAGUAUCAUUAGAUAGACAAGAUAUUGUAAAAAAAAAAACUACCGGCGCCAAACAACUUGUUGGGGAGUGA